ACAAAUAGUACAAUCAGCUACAUACUGUACAUGCAAAGACACAUCAGAUGAAAUAUUUUGAUUAUCAAUCUGCCAAUCAUUUUCACAAGUAAUUGUAAUUAUUUGGCCUAUCAGAAAAUAGUGUUCAAUCAACAGUCUAAAACCCAAAGAUAUUCAGUUGAGUUUAUCACCAAGUAAAGACAAAGAAAAGCAGCAAAUUAUUACAGUUUAAAAGCUGGAAUCAGAGCAUGUUUGGUAAUUUUGUUUCACUGAUUACAGAACUAGUUGAUUAUUUUUCUGUCAAUUGAUUGAUUCUCUCAGCGCUAAUUAUGAUAGCUGACAAAUAGGGCUGAUGAAGACAAAUCAUAUAAAGUCAUUAGUUUAACAUGCAUGCAGCAGCAUCUGGUAAUGUUUUCUGGGUAGUUCAACAUUAUAUUUGUCCAAAUUUGGCAUUGAACACUUUAAAGAUACACUCAAGGGGUUUUGCAUAUAACUAGCCUGCAUGAACCCCACCGUGCACAUGCAGUCCACCUACAUGCACUGCCCACUGUUGCAAAAACAGUCUGUACUCCUGUCCUGCAAGCAUCACUCCUGAAGUGAGGCCUGCUAACUUACAUGGAGAUGCUGGUCAACGCCUACAUGUCUUAGGAAUUAGCAGCAACCAUUUUUAAAAAAGGUACUAAAGGAGGUAAUGGAGGAGUGGGAUCUUAACAAAAUAGAACAUGCCCUUCAGCAAAAAUACAUUGCUAAUCAAAACAGACUGUUUGAAAUCAAUGACAACAGUUUGAGAUACUACAUAAACCUCAGAAACCUAACAGUGAUGAAGACCAGAUUGACUUCUAUAUCAUCAGAUGCAUUCUUCAACAAUACAAGACUUCAAUAUGUAAAUCUCAGAGACAAUAACCUAUCAACACUGUCAUGGAAGACAUUUCAGAACUUUAACAUAACCUAUUCUCUCCUCCUGUAUGGAAACCCUCUGGAUUGUGUUUGUGAGAACUUGUGGAUCAAACUGAGGCUCCAAGAAGAAAUUGAGAAUCAAGACCUGAAAUGCAUAGAUGACAGAGGAUUAUCAAGGGCCAUUGCCACUCUCACCCCACCGGACUGUGUGGUUCCCCAAGUAGAGGUCGACCCCACAAUUGUGACCGAGAUGGAGGGGGGUAAUGUUCAAGCUGUGUGCAGGGCCUCAGGCUCCCCUACUCCUGAGAUCCUGUGGAACCUUGAUAUGAUUUCUACCCACUACACGAUUGAUCCUUUGGAUACGGAGAGCAGCCUCACCUUGUCAGGCCUGUCUCCUGGUGAUAAUGGCAAGGUGAUCGUAUGCAGUGCUGAGAACGUGGUUGGUCAGAUGGAGGCCUCCCUUCAGCUGAAUAUCCUCUUUGCCCCCACCAUCCAGCAGCUGCUGGGGCCAAUGCGGGACCACCACUGGUGCAUCCCCUUCAGUGUGACGGGGAACCCCAAGCCUGAGCUGCAGUGGUACCACGAGGAUGAGCCUCUCCAGGAGCAGGACUACAUCCGCACCAUGAUCCACGAGUCCAAUGAGAGCGAGUACCAUGGCUGCCUGCAACUGGUCAACCCCACGCACAUCCACAAUGGCGUGUACAGGCUGGUGGCAAAGAAUGAGUACGGCCAGGACGACAAGAAGGUCUCUGCCCAGUUCAUCGACCCGCCUUACAAUCAUACAGAAGACCCCCUCUACUACUACACUACUGACUCACCACCCCCUCCAUUGGACGACAGUGUUGCAGUGUAUGUAGUUGUGGGAAUCGCAGGGGUCGCUUUGACCGGCUGUGUUCUGAUGGUGAUCAUUCUGAAAUAUGGAAGAAACUCCAAGUUUGGUAUUAAAGGCUCCUCCUCAGUCAUCAGUAAUGACGAUGACUCCGCCAGCCCUCUUCAUCACGUCUCCAAUGGCAACAACACCCCGUCGUCCUCGGAGAUGGGUCCAGACGCAGUGAUCAUUGGGAUGACAAAGAUUCCUGUCAUUGAGAACCCACAGUACUUCCGCAACUCUGGCAGCAUGCUGAAAUCUGACACGUUUGUCCAGCAUAUCAAGAGACACAAUAUUGUCCUGAAGAGGGAGCUGGGAGAAGGAGCCUUUGGGAAGGUCUUUCUGGCCGAGUGCUACAACCUGACACCAGAUCAGGAGAAGCUCCAUGUGGCAGUCAAGACUCUAAAAGAGGCCAGCGAGAGUGGCCGGGCGGACUUCUACAGAGAGGCCGAGCUUCUCACUAACCUGCAACACGAGCACAUCGUCACUUUCUACGGAGUGUGUGUGGAGAGCGACCCGCUCAUCAUGGUGUUUGAAUAUAUGAAACAUGGUGACCUAAACAAAUUCCUUAGGUCCCAUGGUCCUGAUGCAGUGCUAAUGGCAGACGGUCAACACAGUAUCCUGGUGGAGCUCACCCAGUCCCAGAUGCUGCACAUUGCCCAACAGAUUGCUGCUGGCAUGGUCUACUUGGCCUCCCAACACUUUGUCCACAGAGACUUGGCUACUAGGAACUGCCUGGUAGGAGAAAACCUGCUGGUCAAGAUAGGAGACUUUGGCAUGUCCAGAGAUGUUUACAGCACAGACUACUACAGAGUGGGCGGUCAUACGAUGCUGCCAAUCCGCUGGAUGCCCCCAGAGAGCAUCAUGUACCGACGGUUCACCACGGAGAGUGACGUGUGGAGCCUCGGCGUGGUGCUGUGGGAGAUCUUCACCUACGGCAAGCAGCCCUGGUACCAGCUGUCCAACAAUGAGGUCAUUGAGUGCAUCACCCAGGGCCGCGUGCUGCAGCGGCCCCGCACCUGUCCUAAAGAGGUGUAUGACCUGAUGCUGGGCUGUUGGCAGAGGGAGCCCUACAUGAGGCUGAACAUCAAGGAGAUCCACAGCAUGCUCCAGAGCCUCGCUAAGGCCUCACCCGUGUACCUGGACAUACUGGGCUGACUCACCAGUGCUCGUGUAUGUACUUAGCGUCUGAGAGCAUGCGUGUGUGUGUGUGUGUGAGAGCCGGGGGCUUCGGUAUGUGGACAGUCUGCACAUGAUGAUGAGACGGAGAGGAGAGAAGGAAAUGAAGGUUGUGUGAGUGAGUGUGUGAGCGCCUGCGUCUGUGUACAGUUCCUGGCUGUAAAUGUUACUGUAAAUGCUAAUCGUCCGUGUCCUCAUCACAUUGAUAAAAGCCUUAAAUUUUGAGUGAUUUUGUUUAGCUUUUCCUUUUUUUUAAAAAAAAAAAAAAAAUCCAUUUGCAGACUUUACAGAGGCAUGUUUCACAAAUGGAAACCAAAAUGCAUACAGGAUUAUGUAACGUCAUCCAAACCGUCAACACACCUAUAUGUUAAAGGCAUAAAAAUAAAUGAAACCCAGUAAUCAGCUACACUGAUUUCUGGGUUAUUCUGGCUUUGUGAAGAAAAAAAAGAGGUUUUUGUCUAUAUUCAAUGCAUUAAACAAUCAAUGUAUUCCAUAUUUGCUGGAAAUGAACAAAGGGAAAAUGUGGGAAUGUGUCUCCUCUAUAACGGACAAUGUAUAGACACAACUUUGUAGAUAGAGCUUUCUCUUCUUUCAACAGUGUCACACAGAGCAGCAUAUUCUGUUGGAAGAUUAACAUGUAAGGCACAGCUGAGGCUUUUUUUUUUUUUUCUUUUAUAAGUCACAGACUAUUUUAAUAUUUGUAGAAUUUAUAAAUGUUGAUUUAAAUCUGUGCUUUUUGAGCCAUCUACAGAACCUUCUGCUUGUCCAAAUUUUAAACAUAUGUGUAUAUUAUUACACACGUACGUUUAAAAAAACAGUAUGAAACCCAUAUUCAAUAGAUUCUAAUAGAUGCCUGCGUCUGUCAUAUAAAUAACCCAGAGAGUCCACUGAAGGACUUCCCAAUGUAAAACAAAUGUUGAGGAUGUAAAACACAAGGGCAUAUAGCACUUGACACCUGUUUUCCUUUAAAUAACGCCAUCGUCGUUUGUCAUAUUUUCUGUAAAUAUCAUAUUUUACACUAAAGGUCACGUCUUUAUAAAGCGGAGUUUUAAAUGUUAAAGAGUGCUUUACCCAUUCCACAAUCUUUUCAUUUGAUGUAUCGAAAGCACAGAGAACGAGGACUUGCCGAUGUUGAGCUGUUUGUCGUUUUUUUUUUUGUUUUUUUUUCAUUCACCAGCAAUGCUGUUUAGCAAAUCCUUGUUGUUCGGUGGCCCAUAUCUGUGAGUGAUGUGGUUCUGUGUGCACCUUCACACACAGGGUUAUGAAACGUCGUGGCUGUUGAUGAGAAUGUGUUUACGAUUUGAGGAGAGAAGGUGAAUUUAUGGAGUGUCGCCUGCAUUUUUGCAUAAAUUUCUAAGCUGGAUUGAGAGGGCAUUUUGAUGCACUAUUAUAUGUUAAAUAUACUGAGGUUUAAGCGUGGGACUCCUUUUUCAGCACUUUUUUUUGUGUGAACUGACGUUGAUUAUUGUUUGUUUGUUAUUUAUUUACAUUACAAGAGUGUACUUUGAAUCUUAGAUUCUAUAUAGGCGGCUAAGUGAAAGGCGGUGAAGCACAUUUGUACAGACAGAGGACCUAAAUGCUUGAAAAAUGGUUAGUUCAUUUCCUGAAUUAUCAUCAAUAGGCGUUUUUUUUUUUAGAUUAUUUUAAAAAAAAAAGAGGCUAAAAUAUUAAUGCAGUUGACAAAUGCAAGUACACACUCCUGUAUUCAUCUUUGCAAAAACAGCUACAGUUACUCCCUCAUAAUAACCAUCAUGUAUUUCCAUAUGGAGGCAUAAAUCGGUACGGCUCUUUGCUGAGACAAUAAGUUAUGUUAAGUGCACUUUGUAGCGUAACUUAACUCCCCAUGAAUGCACAACCUGAGCCGCUGUGCUCAGCACUGACCACUCUCCACUUCAACCCGACUGCACUCAGUAACAAAAAAGAAAAAAAAAACAUUUCACCUUUGCUAUGCUGGCCAUGACUGAAGCAACUUUGACACAAAUGACUGAGUUUCCGUGUCCCUCUAUGUUUUUAUUUGUCAGUUCUGUAUAAUAGUCACGUGUCUGCUGUACAUAUAAUUGCUGUCCAUUCUGUACAGUUCUGAUAUUUGUCUAUAUGAAUAGUAGGCUAUGUUUAAUAGUAUAAUCUGUUUUAAGCAGGUAUCAUGUCAAAACUGUGUGACAUCUAUUGAAGACAAUGUGUUAUGGGCCACUGGCAAUACAUACUAUAUGUAAAUACAAUUUUAUUUGUGCUACAUUGUAUAAUUUCCUUGUGCUUGUUCAUAAUACCAGUGAGAAUACAAUCCUUUUUUGGCGACUUUUGAUCUGCAGAGGACUUUCUUUGAACAAUGUGUUUUUCUCUGAAGAAGAAGAAGGAGAAGAAGAAGACGAAGAAGAAGAAGAAGAAGAAGAAGAAAAAAAGAAAAAUGAUCUCCUCUUUUCCUCUCCACUGUGAUGGGGAGCUUACACAGAGGCUGUUUGAGACGCUGUCUGCCCGCAAGAGGACCGUAUAGACUCUGGAUCUGAUAAAACAUCAGGAUCUCUCCUUGCUGCCUGACAGGCGUCCCAGCAGACGUGUGGCAGAUGGCGAGGAGGUCAAAGGUCAUCUCCUGGCCAACUGCACCACUCAACCUCUGACUGACUGUAGCCUAUUUUGAUCCUCUUUCAGAUGAAUAACUGUGACUUUGCAUCAUGAAUAGUAUAUUAUUUUGAAUGUAAUCUAGAAGGGUCGGGACCUUUUUUGAAUGUAAUCUAUCUUGAGGGGUGGGGGGGGGGUUAAUGAUUUUUUUUGUAAAUAUAUGGUAAAAGAAAAAAAGAUUACAGUUUUCAUUCCUGUGCAGAUAACAAAUUUUACUUACUGUGUGAAUACAAAGAGAAGAUGUGUGUGUAUGUGUGACUAAUGUCUCUGAGAUGGUGUGUGUGUGUGCAUUUGCGCA